AUGAAAGCCUGGUUUUGGGUUCUUGGCUGGUCUCUUUCCAUUCUGACUAUAACUGGAAAUGGAUUUAUUAUCUUCCUCAUUUGCAGUAAAAGGCAGCUUCGCACCAAAACGAACGCGUUCAUCGUUUCACUCGCAGUGGCAGACUUAAGUAUUGGAAGUAUGGCUAUUCCUACAUGGUUUACGUGCGAGAUGGUCAAUGGUUGCAAUAAUUUAUCCGCUCAAAUAAUCGAAUGGGCUGUGAGAAGCCUGUUUGCGUUCGCGUCCGUGUCGAAUCUUUGCAGUUUAGUCCUGGAUCGCUACAUUGCUGUUGUUAAACCUUUAAACUACUUGAUACUUAUGAGGCGUCGCCGCGUCAUCCUAAUGAUUCUCCUGGCUUGGAUAAUUCCUUCUGUUCUCAUCGCUGUUUCAACACUAAACAAUUUCCUUUUCAAUAACUUGCUUCUUUUCCAAAUUUUAACUUGUCUGUUUAUCAUUUUUGAGUCCCUUCCAAGUUUGAUGUUAAUAUUUUUCUUUGUAUCCAUGUUACAAGUUGUAUCUAAGCAUAACCACGCCGCUCGUUCGUUAGCGAAACAAUUACGUUUUAACCAUCAGGUUUUUUUCAAAAGUCAGGAAAAAUCUGCGAUUAUAAUGAUGGGGAUCGUUAUAGGAGUGUUUCUUGUGUGUUACGGGAUUUAUUUUCGAUGUAGUUUUAUUCAUUUAUUCAAAUUUCAGCCGUCAUGCAAUGAUGACAACUACAAAAUCCCGAUAUUGGUGAUGAACUCUGCCAUCAACCCUUUGGCGUACUCUUUCUUUAAGAGAGAUAUUAACAAGGAAGCAAAAAGACGCCUUCGUUGUGUCAAUUUAACAAAGUCAAACGUGGUACGUCCUCAUGAUCAGAACAGUUUUUCAUUGGUCGCUAUGAAGAAUUAG